UGCCAACCUGUUUGCAUUGUACAUUGUAUUUUUUUGUGUGAGAUUUUGGGGCAACAAGAGAGAUUAUACCCCAAGAUGAAGCAUGCCCCGCGCCAUCGUACCCGUUCAAAAGCGGACACGCAAACAGCAUUGUCACCCCAGACAGGAGGAGCCACCACGCUACCCCUCAAGGACACAUCGAACAUCAGCGAGAAGUCGCUGAUCGCCAAGGAGCCACAGCGACCGCUCCAGUGCCUGGAGACACUUGCCCAGAAGGCGGGCAUCAGCUUUGACGAUUCCCUGGACGUGACCCAGCAGCAGGCAACCCCAACCACAAAAAGGCGAAAGGGCAACGGAAACGAAAACGGUGAAGGAGCAGCAGGAGAAGGAGCUGGGACACCGCGCACUACACGUCGCACCCGCACUCCCAGUGUUACCCCACAGCACGCCCGACACAACAGCAACAGCAGUAGCAGCCACAGCCACACGAUGGAGAAGUCACAGAGCCCCGCACAACAGGUGGCGUCCGCCACGACGGUGCCCCUGCAGAUCUCACCGGAGCAGCUGCAGCAGUUCUACGCGAGCAACCCGUACGCCAUCCAGGUGAAGCAGGAGUUCCCCACGCACACGGCCGGCACAACCACCACGGAACUGAAGCAUGCGACGGGUCUGCUGGACGCCAGCCAGGCGAGCCAGUUGCAGCAGAUGCAGCUCCAGCAGCUGACGGCGGCGGCAGCGGAUGCAGCCGGGGGAAACGGUUCUGCAGGCGGUGGAGGAGGAGCCCAGGGCGGAGGCGCACCCAGUCCGGCGAACCAGCAGGGACAGCAACAGCAGCAGCAACAGCACUCGACGGCCAUUAGUACGAUGUCGCCGAUGCAGCUGGCGGCAGCCACCGGCGGAGUGACCGGCGACUGGUCACAGGGUCGGACCGUGCAGCUGAUGCAGCCUUCGACGGGGUUAUUCUACCCACCCAUGAUGAUAUCCGGCAACCUGCUGCACUCCGCGGGCCUCGGCCAGCAGCCCAUACAAGUGAUCACCGCCGGGAAGCCGUUCCAGGGCAACGGCCCACAGAUGAUCACCACCACCACGCAGAACGCCAAACAGAUGAUCGGGGCGCAGGGCGGUUUCGCCGGCGGCACCUACGCCAUCCCUUCCAGCCAGUCACCGCAGACGCUGCUCAUCUCUCCAGUCAACGUCAUCUCCCACUCGCCGCAGCAGCAGCAGAGCCUCCUCCAGUCGAUGGUCGCCCAGCAGCAACAGCAGCAGCAACAACUGAACGCCCAGCAGCAGCAGCUGACGGCUCAGCAGGCGGUGGCCAUGGCCAAGGCAGGAGUGGGAGUGGGUGUGGGAGCCGACGCCCAGGGCAAGAUGCAGGCGCAGAAGGUGGUCCAGAAGGUGACCACCACCACCAACACGGUGCAGGCUGCGUCGGCAGGCGCUGGGGGGGCACAGUCGCAGCAGCAACAGCAGCAGCAAACCACCACCCAGCAGUGCGUACAGGUCUCUCAGUCGACACUGCCCGGCGUGGGAGUGGGAGUGGGUGUGGGCGGGCAGCUGCUGAAUCCGCUGGGAGGUGCCGGCGCGGGCCAGGCGCAGCAGAUGCAGCUCGGUCCCUGGUUCUGGCAGAACGGCCUGCAGCCCUUCGGCUCGAACUCCAUCAUCCUGCGGGGCCAGCCGGACGGCACUCAGGGCAUGUUCAUCCAGCAGCAGCCCACCACGCAGACCCUCCAGACGCAGCAGAACCAAAUCAUCCAGUGCAAUGUAACCCAGACACCUACCAAGCCUCGCACCCAGCUGGAUGCCCUGGCUUCCAAGCAACAACAGCAGCAGCAACAACAACAGCAGCAGGCGGCGGCCAACAGCCAAGCGCAGCAGCAGCAACAACAACAACAGCAGCAGCAACAACAGCUGGCUGUGGCCACGGCCCAACUGCAACAACAGCAGCAGCAGCUGACGGCCCUGCAGCGUCCUGGCGCACCGAUUAUGCCCCACAAUGGGACGCAGGUGCGCCCGGCCAGCUCCGUGUCCACGCAGACGGCGCAGAACCAGAACCUGCUGAAGGCCAAGAUGCGGAACAAGCAGCAGCCCGUCCGUCCGGCAUUGCCGGCCCUCAAGACGGAGAAUGGUCAGGUGGUGGCGGUUGGUGCGGUGCAGAGCAAGGCAGUGGGCCAGCACAUGGCUGCCGUACAGCAGCAGCAACAGCAGCACCAGCAGCAACAACAGGCGAACCUUCACCAGGUGGUCACCACAGCGGGAAACAAGAUGGUCGUGAUGAGCACGGGCACGCCCAUAACCCUGCAGAAUGGCCAGACCCUGCAUGCAGCCACUGCGGCCGGAGUGGACAAGCAGCAGCAACAGCAGCAGCAGCUGCAGCUCAUGCAGAAGCAGCAGUUCCUGCAGCAGCAAAUGUUCCAACAGCAGAUAGCCGCCAUCCAGAUCCAGCAGCAGGCAGCAGCGCAACAGCAGCAGCAGCAACAAGUCGCCCAGCAGCAACAGCAGCAGCAACAGCAACAUCAGCAACAACAACAGCAGCAGCAGCAGGCGGUGGCCCAAGCGCAGCAGGAUCAGCGGCAACAGGUGGCACAGGCUCAGGCCCAAGCUCAGGUUCAGGCGCAGCAACACCAGCAGCAACAGGCCCUGGCUCAGCAAAUACUGCAGGUAGCGCCCAACACCUUCAUCACCUCCCACCAACAGCAGCAGCAGCAGCUCCACAACCAACUGCUUCAGCAGCAGCUCCAGCAGCAGGCACAGGCUCAAGUGCAAGCUCAGGUUCAGGCUCAGGCACAGCAGCAACAACAACAACGGGAGCAGCAGCAGCAGAACAUCAUCCAACAAAUUGUGGUGCAGCAGGCGGCCGGGGCAGGCCAACAGCAGCAGCAACAACAACAACAACAACAGCAGCAGCAGCAGACGCAACCGGCACAAUUGCAGCUGAGCAGCGUCCCCUUCUCGGUAUCCUCGACCACGACGCCCGCAGGAAUAGCCACCUCGAGUGCCCUCCAGGCCGCCCUCUCGGCCUCUGGCGCCAUCUUCCAGACGGCCAAGUCGACCAGCAGCAGCUCCUCUCUGCCCACCAGCAGCGUAGUGACAAUAAGUAACCACACAACGGGUCCCCUGGUCACCAGCAGCACGAUGGCAGCCAGCAUCCACCAAGCCCAGCUCCAGCAGCAGCAACACCAACAGCAGCAGCAGCAGCAGCAACAACAGCAGCAGCAACAACAGCAACAGCAACAUCAGUUAAUCUCCGCCAGCAUUGCAGCGGCCACACAGCAGCAGCAGCAACAGCAGCAGCAGCAUCAACAACAACAACAACAGCAGGGACCACCCGCUCUGGCGGCUGCAUCGCCCUCACCCGCCACGAACCCCAUCAUGGCCAUGACAUCCAUGAUGAACGCGACUGUUGGACCUGUCACCAGCAGCGGAGUGAUGUCCUCUCCUGCAACGCUGGUCGCGUUCAGCGCUGCCAGUGGAGGUAGUCAUCCGGCGACACCCACCAAGGAGACGCCGCUGAAGAUGUCCACCCCCACCGCCACCCUGGUGCCCAUUGGGUCCCCUCUAAACAGCAGCGCCACUAGCCAGGAUCACCAGCCAUCGUCCGUCAACACCACCCCCAGAUCCGCUGCAAACGCCAGUGCCAGUGCCAGUGCCACCGCGGAGGCAAGUAGCUCCACGAGUGACUCCUCCAGGGUGAAUGGAGAGGCCCCGGAGGCGUCUCAUAGCAGCAGCAGCACCACCACCACGCCCACGAAGGCCACCACCAGCACGCCCACCACAAGGCAGAGCAAUGUGGUGCUGCCCACGAGUAGCUGCAGCACCACCAGCAGCAGCACCACUAGCUCCUGCACAACCACCCACAGCGGAAAGGAUGAGGGCAAGGGCGGAGCGGCUACUGCCACCAGCAUCAGCAGCAGCAGCGCACCUUCAACGCCGACCACGACGACAGUCAGCAACGGGAUUGGGAUUGGGAUAGCCACCCUGGCCAGGGCAGGGAGCACCACUGUGACCACCACCACGACGACCAGCAGCAGCAGCACUGCGACGACUACACCCACAACUACAACUACAACGACAACGAGCAUCAGCAAUGGCAGCAGCAACGCGGGAGGGAAGGAUCUGCCGAAGGCCAUGAUCAAGCCCAAUGUGCUGACCCAUGUCAUCGACGGAUUCAUCAUCCAAGAGGCCAACGAGCCCUUCCCUGUUACGAGGCAGCGCUAUGCUGACAAGGACACGAGCGACGAGCCGCCAAAGAAAAAGGCUGCCAUGCAGGAGGAGGCGAAGCCAUGCGGCAUAGCCACCGCAACUGCGACGGACAUGGUGGCCUGCGAGCAGUGCGGCAAGCUGGAGCACAAGGCGAAGCUCAAGCGGAAGCGCUUCUGCUCCCCAGGCUGCGCCAGGCAGGCGAAGACUGGCGUCGCAGGAGUAGGAGUAGGAGAGAGCAAUGGAAUGGGAAUGGAAAUGGAAAUUGGAGGAAUUGUGGGAGUGGAUGCCAUGGCGCUGGUGGACAAACUGGACGAGGCCAUGGCCGAGGAGAAGAUGCAGAUGCAGACGGACGCACUGCAGGCGCUGCAGCCCGAACCGAUGUCCCUUGUGCCAUUGUCAAGCAACACGGAGGUGCCACUGGUGUCCCUUCCUGUCCUGCCAGUCAUGGCAGGCACCCCCGUUCCAGUGCCUCCCCUAGUUGCAGUCGCACUCGCAGUUCCCGCUUCCGUGGCGCUGCCUGCGACUCCGUCUCCGGGUGCCACACCACCAGCUGCAGCGGUGGCGCCCCAGCCACCAGUACCAGCAGCAGCAUCCUCCUCGAGCGCAGCGGGCGAGCGUUCGCCCAUCUGCAACUGGAGCGUGGACGAGGUGGCUGACUUCAUACGGAACCUGCCAGGCUGCCAGGACUAUGUGGACGACUUUGUCCAGCAGGAGAUCGACGGCCAGGCGCUGCUGCUGCUCAAGGAGAAUCACCUGGUGAAUGCCAUGGGGAUGAAGCUGGGCCCCGCCCUCAAGAUUGUGGCCAAGGUGGAGUCCAUGAAGGAGGUGGUCCCGGCGCCGGGCUCUGGCGAGGCCAAGGAGGCAACGGCCGCGGGAGGAGCUCAAUAAUACCAGCCUGAUGUUCCAGCCGAUGCCAUUGCCGAUGCAGAUGACGAGGACAUUCCCAUGCCCUCCUACUCGACAUCUCCGCCACCAUUCUCGCUUCUCCGUCUCCGGCUUACGUACGGAUCGAGGCAACAGAGGGAAUUGCCAGAGGGAACU